AUGUCUGAGAAGCGGGACUCAUCCCAGUUCAUCAACCCCUCCAACCUAACCCUCCCCUCAACUCCCUCCGCAGCUGCCUAUCGCAACCUCAAAAGCGAGACUCUCGCCGCAGAAGCAGCAAGCACCACCCUUACCAGAACCAACACCGCUGCUCCAUCCCUUUCCUCACCAGACCGCUACCCAGCACCAUUCACCACCGAGAACAUCCACUACACCCCGCGCGAAAUAGCCUUCAAGCGCACGAUAUGCGCCAUCGAGCGCUUGAAGAUCGCCCAGGAGGGGUGGGCCCUCGUUGCCCAGGCGCUGGUCCAGAGCGGGACCAUCCCCGACAACGAAACCGUCUCGCGCGAGAUGAGCGCGUUCGGCCACGCCCUCUGCGGGCGGCACGCGGCCGCCUUCUUCCUCGCGAAUGCCCUGGAGGAUAUGAGCCCGGAGGACUGGUUCGCGAGGGGGCAGAGUCAGAGGCGGAAGUGGGAUGCCACGCUGAGGAGGCUGCAGACGCUGAAGGGGUUGGAGGCGAGCUUGGUGUGUUGGGAGAGGGUCGUGUUGGAGUUGGUGGAUCUGGUGGAACGGAGGGAGGCUUCGUCGAGGAGGGAUGAGUGGGAUUAUGAGGUGGAGUGGACGGAGAGAUUGUCGAAGGUGUUGGGGCGGUGGCGGGAGGGGUUGCCUAGUAGGCCGUAGGGGGGGAACUGAGAGGCAGUAUGAUCGUAAUACUACGUUAUGAGAAAGCCUCAUGCUGUCGACUAAUAUUAGCGUAUUUUAAAUCAGUCAGAUUUGGUUUGUUAGCCUCUGGUUGAUUCUUGAUGUGAGGCACUUCAACUUGACUGCCUCGGGCUCUUGAUCGGUUUGAAUGAGCAUCUCGAGUCCAUUGUUGAGGUCGCGCAAGACGAGGAAAGUGGUGAUGAACAAUUGUAAGCUCUUGCUUCUCUGCGUGACAACCCAAAACCAC